CACUUCAGAAACUUUGCUUGUAGUUUUACAGUGGGCGGAGAAGUGCUGAGUGUCCGGUGAUAAACUGGAUGUCAAUUAGUGGAGAAGUUUCACCGGCGAGCGGCUGCACACAGCACCAGUUUUGAGCCUUUUUUUUUUUUGCCUGUUCUGAAGACAGAAGAUGGAGUGGCGCCAGCAGACCAGUGUCAGCUGUGCAGACGCAUUCACCGAGGCUCAACGCUGGAUUGAGGAAGUGACUGGAAAAUCAUUUGGUUGCAACAACUUCCGUGCUGCCUUAGAGAACGGAGUCCUGCUUUGCGACUUGAUCAAUCAGUUGAAACCUGGCAUCAUUAAGAGAUUAAACAGGCUUUCUACUCCCAUUGCUGGCCUUGAUAAUGUGAGUGUAUUCCUGAAAGCCUGUGGGAAACUGGGACUGAACGUGUCACAGCUGUUUCAUCCAGGAGACCUGCAGGACCUGUCCACUCGUGCAACACUCAGGCGAGAUGAAGGCAACAGAAGACUCAAAAAUGUUCUGAUCACAAUCUACUGGUUGGGUCGCAAGGCUCACCUGGACCCCUUCUACAGUGGUCCUCAGCUUAACUUUAAGGCUUUUGAAGGGUUGUUAGGGUUGGCUUUGUCCAAGGCUUUGGAUGAGGGCAGUAAUGUGUUUGUGAAAGACAGCGGGUACAAAGAGUCCUUGUACCCAGAGAGGGAGGAAUGUCUGCGUGUAAUACCGAGCUACAAGAUGGAGCACUCUGUGGACAGCAUCGACUCACUGGAUUCUAGAGCCCUCCACCCAAACAAUGAAGGUUGUGGAAGUGACGCAGAAGCUGAGCAGGUGUUCAAGAUGGAGACCACCCAGCCCUCAACUCAAAACAAGGGUUAUAUCCCACCGUCACUCCUACGGAGAAAACCUGACCUGGAGCAGAAUGGAAGGGGCUGUACUAGUCCACUCGCCAGCAUUGAAGAUGCCCCCCUCUCUCCUCAACCCCACCUUGCUGUGUCUCCUUCUGAGUGUGCCUUCGAUGAAGAGUUUUUCCUGCAAGCUCUGUGUGAGGAAGACUCAGAAGAUGAAUAUACUGAGGCAGACCCUGUCCUAGAUGACUUGUAUUUCCGGCGAGUGCAGCAGAGCCUUCAUCAAACAUCUACCAACCCUACCUAUGACCGCUUCUUACCCCGAUAUUGGACACCUGAAGAGGAGAUUCGUGUGCGCACAAUCUACCUUGGCUCCCAAAGAAGACCCUGGUAUCGUAAAAUUCAAGGCUUAAGCCACAGAGCUUUGGGUUCUGCUGUGGAAGAGUUUGACUUUGACUUCAUUUCCUGGCUUGUGACAUCAGCUACUGUACAGAACCUCUCUUCCACACCUGGAGAGCCUGAAAAGCAUCUCCAAGAAACUCUCUCCAAGCCUGCACAUUCACUCCUGUCCAUGCAUAAUGGCAUUCACCGGUCUUCGUGUCUGUUUCUUUGGUUCUGUAGAGCAUAUCAAAUCCAAGUCAAAGCUGAGAGACCAGUUCAGGUCAAUCCUGGCUGGAUUUGGAGCAAAUCACUCAGUGACAUCCCGAUGGUAUACCCUGUGCGUAAAGUUUCUGAUGGGAACCCUGUUUAUGAUGUGGGCCAGGACACUGGCAUUACAAGAGAGUGGAAUCAAGAGAACAAACGCAAGUGUAGCGUUGCUGCCAAGGACACUGAAGCUCAGUGGCAGGAUGAUUUAACAAAGUGGAAGAAUCGUCGCAGGAGCACCAAGUCUGACCUCCGCAGGAAGUCUCAAGACAGAGAGCAUGUCAUUAACCAGAUGAUCAAUGGGUCUAACUUUGAGAAAAAAGAAGCAAGCGGACUGCUAAAGAGAGACCAACCGUCACCACGCAGGCACAGCUCUGCCCCCGUCCUUACUCCACCUCCUCUCCAUCAAAAUCAUCGAGCUCUGAUCUCCGGCCACGUACUCGAGCUCUGCUGGCCCGCACUUACGCUAUUGAGGCACCUUUCAGCUCUACAGCUCCACUUUGCCCCCAUAAGUCAGCCCACACUCAGGCAGUGUGGAUUUCUUUCUUCUCAGGGAUCAUCAGUUGGAGCCAUGCCUGCCUCAGAUGGGAACAUCUUGGGAGAAGAGACCCACUUUGCUUCCCUGGCUUCAGAUGGAGCAGGAGUCACUACACCUUCUCUGGACUGCCCCUUCAGCUCCCAGACCCAAGUGAAAGCCAAGGGCAGCCCAGCUCCUUUUGAGCCAACAUCUAAACUGGCCCAGCCAGAACAUGUUUUUACAAACCAAAUCUCAACUUUGGUAACAACUAUACAGCCAAACAAGACCACAAAGUCAACCAGCACCAGGGAUCCUACUGCAUCUAUGUCAAGUCACAAGGAAUUUCCAUUCUGCGCUGAUCCAAAAGUUUCAACCUUUUGUCCUGAUUCAGUUAAUCUGCCAGGAGUUGACCACCAGAACCACAAGUCCCAGGAAGAAAAACAGAAGACAUCUUGGGAACCAGCUGUGGAGCAAGGCAGAGGACAGCAGCCUGCAGGCGUCUACAAGUACUUGUCCAGAACUGGGUCGUGGUCCGGCUCAGCCAGCCUUCCUCGUGGUUACCGGAGGUCCGAGGGCUCAUCCCGUCUCUCUUCUGCAAUCACAGCCAGACCCUUUGGCACCAAGCAGUCCAGGGUGUCCUCUCUGCCGAGACUGUUCAAUGUAGACGACAACCAGGGUCUGCUAUUGAAAAGUGAGAAAGAGGAAUCUCUUUCUACACCCACCGAAUCUUCGCUCAAAAGACAGACUGCGACCGCACAUCUAAAGGGUCAGUACCAGGCUUCAGUCAGACAGCAGAAAGCUAAUCAGGCAGAACCAAAGCAGAAUGGUACAGAACAGCGGGAAGAGGUGAAAGGUGCCACUCUUUUCACCCAGACCAACGGCUAUCACCAUCAGUCCCAUACCCAAGCCCAGCUACUACGGCAACCUUAUUCCAACCUGCAGGCGCACCACAACAAAAGCUCAAGUCUCCCACCUAAUUCCAGUAUUGAUCACCCAAAGGUGGAUCACAGUGACAUGAGAGUGAGCCUUACACUUAAACCCAACAGUAGACCAGACUUUGGUUUCCAGAUUCAUUGGGACUCCACAGGGGCGAGAAUCAAAUUUAUUAAACCUGGCAGUCCAGCAGCGCUUUGCCAGCUGUGUGUGGACGAUGAGAUUGUGGCUGUUAAUGGAGUUGCGCUGGCACACAUGAACUACACCCAGUGGAAGGAUAAAAUGACAUCUUCCCUGCAAACCGGCAGUCUGACCAUGGACAUUCGGCGCUAUGGCAACAAGGAUUGGAGCAGCAGUGAGGGGAGUCAUCACAACCAGCCAGGCCAGAGCACGAUGACCCUCAAUCUGACUGCUGCAGCGCCCGUUCUGACAGGUUGCCUUGAUCACCAUGCCAACAGUGGUGCCUCUACAGAAACCACAGUCAGAAAAGUGUCCAAAUUAGAUGGGCAGCCGGACAAUGUUAUACAAGGUAAAGUCAUGCUUGGAGAGCUUGCUGACAACCACAGGACAGCCAGAAGUAAAGGUAAUGAUGGGCAUAAAGUCUGCAAAAGCAAUACAACUCAAAACAUGACAAACAUCUCCCGUGAUAAUAACUCCUCAGAUAUAGUAUGUAAUGUCUCACCUUAUCCAUCCUUCCUCUUCAUAUGGGUUGUCGUUUUUAAUUGGUCACUCUCUCAUUCUUUUGCACAAUGGCUGAUUUGUAAUGCAAUUCUUUGUGGUAUGUUAAUGAAUCUGAUGUUUGUCCCACUACAAUGGCUUCUCUCUUCAGGCUCUGCAGGAUUCAGCUCAUGGGUUUACUUGUGUGGAGGGUCAGAAUCUGCAAUAUCUGACCUGCAGGUGCCAUCCCUCAGCCCCUCCUCAUGCAGCUGGUCCUGGGACCGUGAGGAGGAUCGAAGGCGUCAGGAGAAGUGGCAGGAAGAGCAGGAGCGCCUCCUACAGGAGCAAUACCAACGGGAUCAUGAGAGGCUGGAGGCAGAGUGGCGGAGGGCACAGCAAGAUGCAAUGGGGGAGUUAUGCAGGAAGUCAGGGGAGAACACCUUUGAGAUGACCACUGGUGGUGAGAGCCGUGCCAGCGCCCAGCUCCAUGUGAAUGGAUUGACCAACAAAACCAGAGAAGCAGAGCGGAUCCCUGACAGAGAUGAGCUGAAAGAAGCAGGAUCAAGACCUCAAAGUAAUGCACAGAGAGUGCAGAAUAACAAUAUUACUGAACGAGCCUGGGCUGAGGACUCCUGUGGCUUUGCUCAGCUGUCUCCUGCUCACAGGGCAAAAUCCUUGUCUACGCCAGCAUUAGCUGGUCCCUACAAACAGACAAGAGGUGAUGAAAGGAAAAGAAAAGGACAGUCUGUGUCUAAGGUUGAGAAAGAAAGGCAGCAGAUUUUGGAGGAGAUGAAGAAAAGGACUCAGCUUCUGACCGACAACAGCUGGAUACGUCAGCGCAGCAGCGGCUUUUACAAGGAACCCAUCUAUGUUGGGGUUCCUCUGAAGAGGGUUGAGUCUCUGGACAACCUGGACACUUUGCGUCAGUCCUUACUCUCGACCGCUACGUUCAGUUACCCUCGUCCACACUCUGCUGCAGGUUACUGUGCUCCGAGUCGGAAUUCCUUCUCCCGCUACAGCACUGGAGCAAUGUUAUCCCAGAGAAAUACAUGCAUGGAUCCCUCUCAGCAUGGCAGGAUGAUCAGUGGCAGGAGGACUUGCUGUGUGUGUGAGCGUGUCCUGGGUAGUGGGGCAGCCAUGGUCAUAGAGGCCCUUAGUCUCUGCUUCCACCUCGCCUGUUUCCAGUGUGUGGGCUGCCACCGACAUCUCGGAGGAACUGAGAUUGGAGUCCAGGUUCGAAUCCGAAACAGGAAACCCUACUGUGAGCCCUGCUAUUUCCAACUCAAGUCCGCUGUUGCCCCCGCCAUGUGACGAAAACGUUGUACUCCAGAUUAUAGAGUAAGCAGCUGAAUCAGUGGGGAUUGCUGUUGAAUAAAACGAUGAGAACACAGUGGAAACAUCGUCCACGCAGCCAAGCCAUGACUUUUGUGUCCGACAAUAAUUGCUGGUAAAACUAUAAACUCUAUUAUGUGAUGUAAAAUUUUGACAAGCUAGGCAAAGUAGACUCUUAAUGGCUGUUUCUUAAAAAUCAAAUAUGGUUAAUAUAGUACUUUGUUUGUCUGUCCUCUAGUCUGCAAAUGUGUUUCUAAGAAAAUUUAGAUUUAAUAUAUAAAAUAAGUAAUCAUGGGAAUUAUUAGUAUUUGAUUAAUUCUUUUAUUUUAAUGUUAGUGUUGCUAUUUGUCAUAUCCUUGUGCUAUAUUUGAUAUUUGCUCAAUAGUGCAUUAAAGAUAUAUAUUUCUUGUUAAUGUAGCCCAUGUAUGGAGGCACAUUUCAACUUGUACUGUUGCACUUUCUGUUCUAUUGUAAUCUCACCAAGUGCACUUUGGGAAAAUGCAGGUAUUUCUUGCGUGAAAAUGGGCAAAAUUUAAAUGUUUUUGAAAAUAAAGUGAACAUUAUCUAUGAGGGUUUAUUCAUUUGUGUACCACAUGGUGGCAUCAUUGGUCUCAUAGUAAAACAGACAUUUCAGUGUCAUAUUGUUGAAUAUACGUAAAUUAUUUGAGGUCACACUAUUUGACCAGUCAAAUUUUAUGACAUUGAAACUAUAGUACUUGCAAAACAUGUAGGUGUGUAUUAAUAUGACUUUGGCUGACUACAAUGGCAUCUACUAACAGGGAUCUAAUUAAUAAACAAGAAAUAACAGUAACUGCAAAGAUGCAGCACAUUUCAAAUUAGGUGUUUUAUGCUGUCAAGAAACUGGACAAAGAAUAAAUACUUAUUUAAAUGUCAAAUCUUAUGCCUGCCCUGAUCUGUGAAAGAGUGUAACCUUUAGUGAAUCUGCUGAUCUGUUGUGUAAUGCAUCAACAUUUUAUCUGUGUAAUGCAUCAACAUUUCUCAGAAAUAAAAUUUGACUGAAAUCUA